AGGAUAAAAAAAAUAGUGAUGAGACUGAGAAAAAAGUUGUCAUUCCAAAUUCUGCUCCAGUAAAUGGUCGCCCAAAGAAAGGUAAAGUAAUUUUAAAAUUAUAAAUAAAAUUAUAUUCUGUAAUUGUUCUCUAAUACUGCAACCUAUUUUCAUGAGGUCAUUCUAAAUAUAAUUUGUAUGAAACAUACUUUUUUAGCUUCAGUAGAUUAUGUUAUUCUCCUGCAUAUUAAUAUUAGAAAAUAAAUAAUUUGAAAUGUUAAAAUCUUUGCUUAAAUAGUUCUAUUUAAAUUUUUUAUUGUAACUUUUUUUUUCAAAGCACCUGAAAUUCCAGUAUUUGAAAGACGCAAUUGGUUAAUCCAUCUUCAUUAUGUGAGAAAAGAAUUUGAAACAUGCAAAGGUCUGAUUCGAGAACAACUUGCUGAGUCUGGUGGCAUGUGUGAAUAUGCUCUUUAUGUUCAAGGUUAAUUUUGUGGUUGUUGUUAUUACUUUUACAAUUUACUAAAUAGCUUUCUGAAGUAAAAAAUACAGAUAACAUUCUGGAAAGAAAGUUCAGACAUGUAAAGGGAAUAUUAAGAAUAGGAUAUGGGACAUUUUGAAAUGUAGAGUAAAACAAUGACGUUUAACAUACGAUUUUGAAUAAAAUAAAACAUUUAGAUUUUCAAAAAAUGUUAAAUGUCAGGAUAUCACAGAACUGAAAUGGAUGUAGUAUUGGUUUCUAAACUCCAAAAGGUUUGAUUCUGCGACAAGAAGGCAAGAUACAGGAAUCAUUUGAUAUGUUCCAGACUUGCACUGUACUUAACUUGCAGAACCCAGAAAAUCUCAAACAAAUGGCUCGAUCAUUGUAAGUCCGCAGUGUUCAUUUGAUCUUUAUUUUCCAGUGAUCUUUAAAACCUAUACCCAUGAACUUUUAGCUCUCAGACGAAUGUUUGCUUUGUCAUUUCACAUGUACUUAGUCAGUUUUGACGACUAAAUUUUUUCUUAAAUAUAAUAUGAAACUGUCAUGGAUAUCUGUUGAAAAUCUUUAAUGCAUUAAUUUUAAUUGUUGUUUUUUUUUAAUAUUAUUUUUCCAAUGUAGGCCAUCAAGUUAGCCUUCUUUAAAAUUAAGAUCUAUUAACCUACAGCAAUCUAAUUGCCACAAUUGAAUUUAAAAUAACAUGCUUCACCAAAUUUGACCCAGGAUUUUAACAUUGUUUAAAUUUUAUCAAGCUAAGUUCUGUAUCCUAUCUAGCUCUGGUCUGUAUCCUAUCAAGCUGUGUUCUGUAUCCUAUCAAGCUGUGUUCUUUAACCUAUCAAGCUGUGUUCUGUAUCCUAUCAAGCUGUGUUUUGUAUCCUAUCAAGCUGUGUUAUGUAUCCUAUCUGGCUGUGAUAUGUAUCCUAUUAAGCUCUGUUCUGUAUCCCAAGAUUCCUACUGGCCAGACACAAGGCUGCCAUUGAUGUUUACAAUCAAGCUGCCACUAUCAGUGAAAAAGACUGGGUUUGUAUUUGUGUCUACCACCUUAAGAAAGUCAUGAUUUAAUUUUAAGAAAAAAAAUGUUGAAAUUUCAAAUAAGAGGAAAAUGUAUAGAUUAUACUUGUCACAUUUAUUGGAAAUUCUAAAGAAUAUUAUGAUAGAAACAUUUUAAUCUUUUUACUUGUUGCAUUUUUAAGUAAUUUAGUUGGUUUAAAAGUUUUUGUUUUAUAAAUUUUAGUUUGAAAAAACUAACAACUCUUAAUUUUUGCAGGAGAUUUUUCACAAUCUAGGAGUCUGCUACAUGUACCUCAGAGAGUACACUAAGGUUAGUUUCAUUGAUAGAUACAUUUCCUUGCUGCUUAUGUUUAGGUAACAUUACCUUGCUGUUACUGCUAUAUGUUGCUUGGCAAAGAAAGGGCAGUUUUUUAUGAGGUGAAGAGAACUUUCUAAUGAGACAAAAGAGAUAUUUCUGCACCCUACCUAAUCCUUUAUGUUGUUUCAUAAGAGUUUAUGCAGUUUACAAAAAGUUAUUAUUUUGGUACAUAUUAAAAGUGAUUCAUGAAGGAAAACUCCAUAAAUUUCCUGAUGAAUAAACUCGAACCAGUUAGCACCCCCCCCCCCCCCCCCCCCCCCAAAAAAAAAAACAGUAACCAACUCUCAAUAUUCCAUCCAUUCCUGUGGUGCUACAGCCCAUGUAGAGCUUUGGCCUGCCUCACCAUUUUCGUUCCACUCAGACCUAACUAAAACUUUUCUUUUCCAUGCUUGUAUUCCCAGCUGCUGUAGAUCUUUUUCCACAUUUCUGCAUCUGUCUAAGUCUAAUUCUGCCUUUGAGCCAUUUUCUUCUGGGGUUUUGGUGGUGCACCCUCUUCACUCCUCUGUCAUUUGGCAUUCUUUCUAAGUGUCCCGCCCCAAUGUCUGCUACUACCAUGGGAUCCUGAUAUAGACUAUAAAAUUUCUGUUUGGUUCAACAUUACUAUACUAAUUAUUGAUUGUGGAUAAAGAUGGCUAAAAUUCUUCCAUUACAUUAUAAACUAACCAACCCACAAAAGUAGGUCUUGUAGUAAAAAUAUGUCUGGUCAAAUUGUGUGACAUGUUUGAAUAGCAGUCAUCACAACACCAUGUUUUAAAAGCUAGAUAUCAAAUGCAGGGAAACAUAAUGUAUGUGUGUGAGUGUACGGCAAUACAAAGAGAUGAUGAUAAUUAAUGAGGUUAUUACUGAUUAAUAAGUGUCAUGAUGUACAAGAAUGAUGUCGUGACUAUAAAUAGAGCUAAUAUGUCAUGUGCGGCAAAAAAAUUGUUGUUGCAGGCUAAAGAUUGUCUAAAGCAGGAAUUGAUGCCAUGAUUGUUAUUGCAGGCUAAGGAUUGUUGAAAUCAGGUAUUGAUGCUGUGAUUGUUGUUGCAGGCUAAAGAUUGUCUAAAGCAGGCAUUGAGCCUCCGUCGCCAUGAGGUGUCCUUCAUUAUGCUGGGUAAAAUUUAUCUCUUGGAGAGAGACAUCAAUGCUGCCAUAGACACUUACAGAAGUGCUGUUGAGUGAGUAUUAUUCCAUUUUAGCUAUACCAUAGACACUUACAGAAGUACUUUUGAGUGAGUAUCAUUCCAUUUUAGCUAUACCAUAGACACUUACAGAAGUGCUGUCGAGUGAGUAUCAUUCAGUUUUAGCUUUACCAUCGACACUUACAGAAGUGCUUUUGAGUGAGUAUCAUUCCAUUUUAGCUAUACCAUAGACAUUUACAGAAGUGCUGUUGAGUGAGUAUCAUUCCAUUUUAGCUAUACCAUAGACAUUUACAGAAGUGCUGUUGAGUGAGUAUCAUUCCAUCUUUGCUAUACCAUAAAGCUUUGCUGUCCAACUCAUGGUAUGGUUUUAUAUUGCUUAUAGCUCAAGAAAAUUUAUGACUGCCAUUUUUAGUUUCUAUUCACUUGUUUAUAAAUGCCUGUCCCCAAAUUCAUUUUUUAUAUUCAGGUAUUCACCAGAAAAUCCGGACCUACUUACUACCCUUGGCCUGCUUUACAUGCAGGUAGGUAGCCUAUUGUUAAUGUGUUACAUAGCCAGAUAUUUUAAGAAAUUUCUGAAGCACUUUUUAUGUCAUUUUAAAUGGUACAUCUUGUCUUUGUCAGUCUGCACACCUUUUUUUUAAUUUAAAAAAAAUGUAAAUUAACAGGAACACUGGCCAAUGUGUCAACUUAUGAAACAAGUGGCUAAUUCUGGCCACUUAAGUUGUGAAACUAGACAAUCAAAUUUAACAUUGAUUCCACAUGAGAACAAGAUCAUGAGAAGGAAAGAGUUUUAAUUUGUUAUGAACUUUUUGUUUGAAUACCUCGAUAUAUAUAUAUUAAUUUUACCAUUUCUAAACCUCGUAGUAAAAUUGUUAACACCGAACUGUGUUAACUAUGUCUCCUUAAAGUAACCAGUUUCUGUUAAGUUUAGUUUUAAUAUCUUUAUAUUCUGUUGCAAGCCAUCAAUUCAAAAAUAUAAGAACAACUUUUUAUUUUUUUAAAUUUUCUAUGAAAGACGAUUUUAAAACACUAAGAUCUAGAACAUAAUUUAUCAUUUCUUAAGAUGCAUUACACAAAGGAAGUCUGUGUAGAAAAUAUUUUCAAAAAUUAAUAAAAAAAUAUAAAAAAUUUAAAUUUUGUCUACAUUCAACUCCAAUCCUUUGGCUUCAUAGAGAGCUCAUCUACACUUCUGUACAGUCUUCCUUUGGCUACAUAGGGUGCUCAUCUACACUUCUAUACAGUCUUCCUUUGGCUACAUAGGGUGCCCAUCUACGCUUCUGCACAGUCUUUCUUUGAUAAAAAGUCUUGUUUUAAAAAUAUUUUUCUAACUUCUAGACUUGGCCGUCAACUUGAUCUUUUCACGCCAUUAGUUCAUACAAUGAUUUUAAGAGAAUCAUUUAGAAUUAUGAGCUACUUUCUUUGAAACUGAAAGGAAAAAAUAAAAAUAUUGCUAAAAAUUUUCCUACUUGCAUAUUCAUCAUAGACAUAAACAGAUUUUUUUUUUCAAAAGGUCAAUCAGUUUCAGAAGGCAUUUGAGAAUCUUGGCAAUGCCAUGACCUUUGACCCAAGCCACACUAAAGCUAUCAUAGCUGCCGGCAGUAUGAUGCAGGACCAUGCAGAUUAUGAUGUGGCCAUCACCAAGUACCGCAUAGCUGCAGCAAACAUCCCUGAAUCUCCUCCACUCUGGAAUAAUAUUGGCAUGUGCUUUUUUGGCAAGAAAAAAUAUGUGGCUGUACGUACCUUGUCAAUUUCUCAUUUUAAUUUGUUCAACUGCUUUCAAAAAAUCAAACAAUGUCAUUUUUAAAUUGCUGUUGAAAAAAUGUUUAGAAAAUAUGUUUUUUACUUAUUAUUCUGCAUAGUCUAUGUUUUUUUAAAAAAAAGGAAUUAAUUAACCACUUUCAAUUACCAAGGACGUCAUAAUAAAGAGGCAAAGAACUUUUCUGAACUACUAAGGACAUCACGUCGACGCCAUAUUUCAAUGCUAUAUAUUUCUUUAUUAGUUAAUCUAUAGAGAAGUUAAAAAACAAAUCCGAUAGAGGGUGAAAAAUAAAAUAAACCCCCCACCCCCUAAAAAAAAAAAAAAAAGCAAAAAUUGAUUGAAAUAAAACACAAAAAAUAAACAUAUUUCAAUGCUAUAUAUUUCUUUAUUAGUUAAUCUAAAGAGAAGUUAAAAAACAAAUCCGAUAGAGGGUGAAAAAUAAAAUAAACCCCCCACCCCCUAAAAAAAAAAAAAAAGCAAAUAUUGAUUGAAAUAAAACACAGAAAAUAAACAUUCUUUUAUCUCAGGCAAUCAGCUGUUUGAAGAGAGCCAAUUAUCUGGCACCAUUUGAGUGGAGAAUUCUUUACAACCUGGGACUCGUUCAUCUGACCAUGCAGCAAUAUGCAUCAUCAUUCAACUUCAUAUCAGCUGCUAUCAACCUGAAAUCUGACAUGGCACAACUUUACAUGCUCUUGGCAAGUAGGUCACAUUUCUAGAACGAUAUCCAGUAGGUCACAUUUCUAGCACGAUAUCCAGUAGGUCACAUUUCUAGCACGAUAUCCAGAUUAUAUCAUAGAAUUCACUCUGGACAAAAAGGGAGUUAUGAACCUUUCCUUUGCUAGCACUCUAGUAUAGCCACGAAUCAAAUCAUUAGUGCUUAUAAGUUAAAAAAGGACAAACGGUUCUCAACUAUUUUUUGUUUUUAAAUACUUUCAAGUAUGUUAUAUUUGUAUGUUAUGCAUUACGAGGAUGAAAAUUAAAUGAAAUUGGUGCUAAGUAAAAUAUAUAAUUAAGGAAUUUCAGUGACAUGUGAAACAAUAAAAAAACAUGUUUGCCUCAUUAGAAACAUCAUAGAGCUCAUCAGAUCAAUUAAGUUUUUUGUAUUUUUUGUUGAAGGAAUGUAAACACAUGCUAAAUUAUUCUUGUCAGUUUCCCUUACACACCUGGAUGACCCUGAAGAUGCUGCACAGUCCUAUGAGCACGCCUUGAAACUGGAUGAGUGAGUUUUGGCCUGGAGAAUUCUCUUCUUAUUUCUUUCUGGAGAAUUCUCUUCUUAUUUCUUUCUGGAGAAUUCUCUUCUUAUUUCUUUCUGGAGAAUUCUCUUCUUAUUUCUUUCUGGAGAAUUCUCUUCUUAUUUCUUUCUGGAGAAUUCUCUUCUUAUUUCUUUCUGGAGAAUUCUCUUCUUAUUUCUUUCUGGAGAAUUCUCUUCUUAUUUCUUUCUGGAGAAUUCUCUUCUUAUUUCUUUCAUUUGUUUGACAAAUAAAUUUUAUAUCAGAAGUAGUUUCUGCACAUUUUAAAUCCAUAGCAAUAAGUAGGUCAUACAUGUUAGUCCAUAGCAAUAAGUAGGUCAUACAUGUCAGCCCAUAGCAAUAAGUAGGUCAUACGUGCCAGCCCAUAGUAAUAAGUAGGUCAUACAUGUCAGUCCAUAGCAAUAAGUAGGUUAUACAUGUCAGCCCAUAGUAAUAAGUAGGUCAUACAUGUCAGUCCAUAGUAAUAAGUAGGUUAUACAUGUCAGCCCAUAGCAAUAAGUAGGUUAUACAUGUCAGCCCAUAGCAAUAAGUAGGUUAUACAUGUCAGCCCAUAGCAAUAAGUAGGUUAUACAUGUCAGUCCAUAGUUAUAAGUAGGCUAUACAUGUCAGUCCAUAGUAAUAAGUAGGUUAUACAUGUCAGUCCAUAGCAAUAAGUAGGUUAUACAUGUCAGUCCAUAGUAAUAAGUAGGCUAUACAUGUCAGUCCAUAGUAAUAAGUAGGCUAUACAUGUCAGUCCAUAGUAAUAAGUAGGUUAUACAUGUCAGCCCAUAGCAAUAAGUAGGCUAUACAUGUCAGCCCAUAUUAAUAAGUAGGCUAUACAUGUCAGUCCAUAGUAAUAAGUAGGUUAUACAUGUCAGCCCAUAGCAAUAAGUAGGUUAUACAUGUCAGUCCAUAGUUAUAAGUAGGUUAUACAUGUCAGCCCAUAGCAAUAAGUAGGUUAUACAUGUCAGUCCAUAGUAAUAAGUAGGCUAUACAUGUCAGCCCAUAGCAAUAAGUAGGUUAUACAUGUCAGCCCAUAGCAAUAAGUAGGUUAUACAUGUCAGUCCAUAGUAAUAAGUAUGUUAUACAUGUCAGUCCAUAGUAAUAAGUGGGUUAUACAUGUCAGUCCAUAGUUAUAAGUAGGUUAUACAUGUCAGUCCAUAGUAAUAAGUAGGCUAUACAUGUCAGUCCAUAGUUAUAAGUAGGUUAUACAUGUCAGUCCAUAGUUAUAAGUAGGCUAUACAUGUCAGUCCAUAGUUAUAAGUAGGUUAUACAUGUCAGCCCAUAGCAAUAAGUAGGUUAUACAUGUCAGUCCAUAGUAAUAAGUAGGUUAUACAUGUCAGUCCAUAGUUAUAAGUAGGUUAUACAUGUCAGUCCAUAGUAAUAAGUAGGUUAUACAUGUCAGUCCAUAGUAAUAAGUAGGUUAUACAUGUCAGUCCAUAGUUAUAAGUAGGCUAUACAUGUCAGUCCAUAGUAAUAAGUAGGCUAUACAUGUCAUUCAAUAGUAAUAAGUAGGUUAUACAUGUCAGUCCAUAGUAAUAAGUAGGUUAUACAUGUCAGCCCAUAGCAAUAAGUAUGUUAUACAUGUCAGUCCAUAGUAAUAAGUAGGCUAUACAUGUCAUUCAAUAGUAAUAAGUAGGCUAUACAUGUCAGCCCAUAGUAAUAAGUAGGCUAUACAUGUCAGUCCAUAGUAAUAAGUAUGUUAUACAUGUCAGUCCAUAUUAAUAAGGAGGCUAUACAUGAUUUUAGCAUCUUUUGUUGACAAGGCAAAUGUCAGUCCAUAGUAAUUAUAAAAUAUAAUAGCAGCUGUCCACAACAAGAUAAUUGUAAAGCUGUAGCUUGCCUCAGUGGUGUGCAACCCUUUUGUUGAUGUGACUGUAGAAUGCCUCAGUGGUGUGCAACCCUUUUGGUGAUGUGACUGUAGAAUGCCUCAGUGGUGUGUAACCCUUUUGUUGAUGUGACUGUAGCAUGCCUCAGUGGUGUGCAACCCUUUUGUUGAUGUGACUGUAGAAUGCCUCAGUGGUGUGCAACCCUUUUGUUGAUGUGACUGUAGCUUGCCUCAGUGGUGUGCAACCCUUUUGUUGAUGUGACUGUAGAAUGCCUCAGUGGUGUGCAACCCUUUUAGUGAUGUGACUGUAGAAUGCCUCAGUGGUGUGCAACCCUUUUAGUGAUGUGACUGUAGAAUGCCUCAGUGGUGUGCAACCCUUUUGUUGAUGUGACUGUAGCUUGCCUCAGUGGUGUGCAACCCUUUGGUUGAUGUGACUGUAGAAUGGCUCAGUGGUGUGCAACCUUUUUGGUGAUGUGACUGUAGAAUGCCUCAGUGGUGUGCAACCUUUUUGGUGAUGUGACUGUAGAAUGCCUCAGUGGUGUGCAACCCUUUUGUUGAUGUGACUGUAGAAUGCCUCAGUGGUGUGCAACCCUUUUGUUGAUGUGACUGUAGAAUGCCUCAGUGGUGUGCAACCCUUUUAGUGAUGUGACUGUAGCUUGCCUCAGUGGUGUGUAACCCGUUUUGUGAUGUGACUGUAGCUUGCCUCAGUGGUGUGCAACCCUUUUAGUGAUGUGACUGUAGCAUGCCUCAGUGGUGUGCAACCUUUUUGGUGAUGUGACUGUAGCUUGCCUCAGUGGUGUGCAACCCUUUUAGUGAUGUGACUGUAGCUUGCCUCAGUGGUGUGUAACCCUUUUUGUGAUGUGACUGUAGCAUGCCACAGUGGUGUGCUACCUUUAUGUGACUGUAGCGUGCCUCAGUGGUGUGCAACCUUUUUGGUGAUGUGACUGUAGCUUGCCUCAGUGGUGUGCAACCCUUUUGGUGAUGUGACUGUAGCUUGCCUCAGUGGUGUGUAACCCCUUUUGUGAUGUGACUGUAGCAUGCCUCAGUGGUGUGCAACCUUUUUGGUGAUGUGACUGUAGCUUGCCUCAGUGGUGUGCAACCCGUUUUGUGAUGUGACUGUAGCAUGCCUCAGUGGUGUGUAACCUUUUUGGUGAUGUGACCACUGAGAAGAAUUAUUGAUUCAUAAAGUCCACUUCUGCUUAUGUUCUUACACAAACGGGUUAAACUUCCAUCACAAACAGAGGUUAAACUCCCAUCACAAACAGAGGUUAAACUCCCAUCACAAACAGGUUAAACUCCCAUCACAAACAGAGGUUAAACUCCCAUCACAAGAGGUUAAACUCCCAUGACGUAAAAGGGUCAUGACCUCCAAAGUUGGGCUUCAUUGGUGUAGGUCAGGGGUCGGCAACCUGCGGCUCGCGAGUCGCAUGCAGCAUCUUUUGAUGUCAAGAUGCGGCUCUCCAGUUCCAUGCGCAAAUAUUACUAAUUAUAUUGAAAUAAAAAUGUUAGUGGCUCUUUAAAAACUGGGAAAUUUUGUAAAUUGUAACUUUUGGCUCUUCCGUCUCAAAAGGUUGCCAACCCCUGGUGUAGGUGAUUAUAACUGACGAAAAUAAUUGAAAAACUCCAAAAUUAAUGCAUUUGUAUUAACUUCUGUAGUAAAGAUCCAGCCAUCUUGUUGAAUUACACUGUUUUUCUCCUGAACAAUGGAGACCGUCGCAAGGCAAGUCACUCACUGUCACAGUUUGAAUCGAUGGCUGCAUUCUACAAGAAUUCGGGGAAGGAAAUGGAUCAAGAGGUGAGUAGAAGGGUAUUGUCAAGAGGUGAGUAGUAGUGUAUUGAUUGGAAGGGAAAGACUUUCAAACAUAGCAGAUACAAAGCCUGAAGUCCAAAUGAACAUUUUUUAAAUAUAAUCCACAAAACUGUAUCAACACAAAAACCCACCUGAAAAUACAUAAUCAUCAAUCAGAUCCAGUGGCCCUUUGGAUAUGUGCCCUUCAGCCUGCGGUCUUGAUGGAAGAAUUUACACACUCUCCCCAGCUGUGGGUAUAUAAGGUGUUGGUAAAGUCUGGCAUUUUUUGUAGAUAGUUUAGGCGUUGGUUGAAGUGUUGGGCAGUAGAAGAGGUGAUAUGUGACCAUCUCAUUUUGAUGUUUUCAGUGGGGGCACAUUGGAGUUUGAUCUGGUUUGGUGGUGUUCAUUGGAAAUUAAGUUGUGUUUGUCCUGUGCAAAGACAAAUGAUUAAAUUUGAAAAAAAAGUUUAGGUGAAACUAUAUUGAACAGGGUAAACUUUCCCCAGUCUCAUUUCAUUUCAAUGCAGAUAAUCAUAAAGGGACAUUAGAUGUAUCCAUCACUGCACUGAUUUCCUGCACCAACUCACCUGAGAGAGUUAGAAGAGAAAACAAAUUAAUUUUGUUUUUCGGCACAAUAUCAACAUAUGGAAUUAUUCAAAUACUCUCUCCUACUAAUGAUCCUCAAUUUCCAUGUAUUUCUUUUCUUAUUUCUUAUAUUUCAUAUAUCUCCAAAAUAUUUUGUCCAUUAAGAUUUAAGAUCUUAUUUUUCACAGUUACAUUUCAUAAAUUCUUUUACUUCCUGUCAUCUUCCCAAUAAAUGGUGAUCACUUAAGUAUUUUAACUAGUUUCUAUUUCUUGUCCUAUUUUCCUUUGUCGUGUCUGCUGAGGAAAUGUCCUGUCUUUUGAUUCAAGCUUCCACAAACCUUGUCCUACUAUUUCCUUCACAAACCUACAAACCUUGUCGUACUAUUUCCUUCAUACAUCUUAAGCGCAGUCCUUCGUUUAUUGUCCUUUUUUAUCUAAAAAACAUUCUUACUUAUAGUACUACCAUAGUGACUUAGUUGAUGACAAUAGUGACAUAGUUGAUGGCCAUAGUGACAUAGUUGAUGGCCAUAGUGAUGUAGUAGAUGGCCAUAGUGACGUAGUUGAAGGUCAUAGUGACAUAAUUGAUAUCCAUAGUGAUGUAGUAGAUGGCCAUAGUGACAUAGUUGAAGGCCAUAGUGACAUAGUUGAUGGCCAUAGUGAUGUAGUAGAUGGCCAUAGUGACAUAGUUGAAGGCCAUAGUGACAUAGUUGAAGGCCAUAGGGACAUAGUUGAUGGCCAUAGUGACAUAGUUGAAGGCCAUAGGGACAUAGUGACAUAACCGAUGGCCAUAGUGAUGGCAGUGAACCUGUGAAAAUGUACACCAAAUGUUGGUAUUGCCUAACGGCACAAUAAACUUGAGUUGCUAAAAACUAAAAUGAACAGAACGUUUACGUUUUUGGAAUGGCUCCUGAAAUGAUUUCUCCUCAGCUUGUAGAACUGGCUGCAAAGUUAGGACCUGCUAUACAAUUUGGCCAUCCUCACGUGGAGACAGUUGUUCCUUCCGCUUCAAAAUCUGCCCAACCCACUGGAAAUGAGGAUAUUUACAGUACCGUCAACAAACCGAAGCUUUACUUAGAUACGUGUGAGAGUCUCAGCGUCAUUUUUUUUUAUAAUGGGUGGAUUUUUUUUAAUUUGAUUGGAAAAUGGAUGCACUUUGUUUCUCUUAUUAUUCUGUUGUAAAAUUUAAAAUAUCAAAUUUAAAUAAUUGAAUGCAUCAUUAGCGUAGAAUAUUGCAUUUCAAAAUGAGGAGUUAACAUUUACAUUAAAUGGUUUAAAUUUGACAAACCUGCUAGAAGUUUUGUAUUUUAGAAUGCAGAGCAGGCUGAUUUUUAUCAUAAAACAUUUGAUCUGUUUAUUGGAUUGUUGAACAAAAAUAAUGAUCCCAUUCUCAGCCCAAGGCGUUAAGCCUGAGAGAACUGACCAAAAGUCUCCUGGACUUCAGCAGAAGUUGCAACAACCACUGCUCUACGAAGAGGAGCCAGACAUUAUGAGUGACUCACCAUUGACCACAGGGCUCAUCACUCAUGAACAAACUAGUAACUCUGAUGUGUUGGCCCCACCAACUGAGUUUGCUAAUGGCUCUCAGUUAUCUCCCUUGAG